AUGAUUACUAUUAAAUUAAACUUGGCGAUGAAACUGAACCACCAUGCCGAGCAACAUACUUGGUUGCUAGAAGAGAUUCGAAAAGCACGUGAAAAUCAAGAAAAUGUAAUUAUUAUCACUCAUCACGCACCUUCGCGUCGAGAGACGUGCACGGAUGACGACGCAGAAUCAGGUGUUGCUGGUGCUUUCGUUAACGAUCAUGACGAAGAUUGUCAAGAUCAUGUUCGUUUGUGGGUGUAUGGUCAUACACAUCGGUCGACUAAUCUAAUGAUCAAUUCAACAAAAGUUUUCAGCAAUCAUCGUGGUUACGUUCAUGAGACCUGCGGUUUUCGACCAAAUAUGAAAAUCAAUUUGUUCAAUAAUGGAACUAUUACUGUAACAGAUUCAUGA